AGUUAGACAUAGCGCUUGGUGGAGUUGGUUUUGUAUUUAUUUAUGUCGUUUGUAAGUUCCGCUAUGGCGUAGUGGUACAAAAAACGCGUAACCCAGUGACGAUUACCUUUAAUUAAAUAGUGCGAAAUAAAUAUUUAAUGGUGAAGAUGUCGGUGAUGCAAAUACAACAAGCCAAGAGGCAGCAGUGCUAUCUUUGUGACCUUCCCAGGAUGCCAUGGGCGAUGGUUCACGAUUUUUCGGAAGCGGUAUGUAGAGGUUGCGUUAAUUAUGAGGGCGCCGAUAGGAUAGAAAUAGUUUUAGAAACUGCCCGACAAAUGAAACGAGCUCACGGUUUUCAAGAACAAAGAUCUGGACAUAAUACUAAAACACAUCGGGGUACUACCGCCCACGAUCACCAGAAUGGCGAAGUAGUAGCGUCGUCUAGUAGACAACAGAACGCUCCCCAUCAUACGCCCGCGUACGGAAUCCAUCAUUCUAGAACGAAUAUGUUGGCAGAAUAUCAAGCCGCUCAACAACAACAACCUCCGCCGCCUCCUAGAGGUAGAACUCAAUUAGAAGCGACAUCCGAGCACGAACACGUAGCCCGCACCACCGUUCGUUUACCAACGGCGGCACAUUUAGCACCUCACCAUCAAUUACAAACCCAUCACCAUUCUAGUAAUGGUAGGCCUGGCGCUCUACCCCAACAGGGUAUCAAAAGAGGAUUAUCGACCACGGAAGACGACGAACAUCACGGACACCAUCAUUCUAACGGCGAUAUCAGCGGCGCUAAAAGAAUGAUGUCCGUUGAAGAACACAGUAACGCUGUACGACCCCCUUUAACAAGGGGAGAUUCAUUACCUGCAGUUUCCUUAGGACAAUCGUUCGUUAUAUCUACGGAGAGAACGUUUAAACAAGAAAAACAUCCCAUCAGGACCGCUUCCUUUGACGCCGGGACCGCAUUCAAACCUAGUGGUAUGAAAAUUUUCUUAAAUACUCUACCAGCACCCGUCUCGGUAGCGAGUGCGAAUGGAACAAGUUCUAGUUCUCCGUUAAGCAACAGGACCGGCUCACCACCUGAAGCCAAUAUGGCCGGUGCUACACCGCAGACUCAACCUACUACAGGUUCCGGUCAGAGUCCAAUGGCGGCUCUAAUCUCCGUAGCCGAUAAUUUACCACCCGGUAGUCCACGUUCAACUGGUGGUAGUCCGCCUACCAACGUAGCACCUCGAUCGGCGUCUAGGGGAUCGCAACAUUCACCGAACUCAACAGCGGGAUCUUCAAGUGGUAGACGAUCGUCUGGUUCGAGACAUGUUUCAUCGACGACUGUAACAUCAACAGAAGCUGGUACUAUGUCGACUGGCGGUAACGAAUCCUUAACAAAUAACGGAGAAAACGUUGCCGCCGCUACACCAACGGCAACAGCCACUUUGAAAUGUACUUUGUGCCAGGAAAGAUUGGAAGACACGCAUUUCGUGCAAUGUCCUUCAGUGCCCCAUCACAAAUUCUGUUUUCCCUGUAGCAGGGAGAGCAUAAAGAGGCAAGGAGCUGGAUCAGAGGUAUAUUGUCCGAGUGGAGAGAAAUGUCCAUUGGCGAAUUCGAACGUACCGUGGGCAUUUAUGCAGGGAGAAAUCGCCACGAUUUUAGGCGAAGAUUACAAAGUGAAGAAAGAGCGCGAAUCUUAAAAAAUACGACACGUUGUUGAGGGUGAAACUCUUUGCUCGAUAAAAUCGAGAAAAAUCUCUUGACAGAGAAGCGAAAUUGGUGAAAGGCAAGAAAAAAAAAACAAGUCGAGACGUCGAAAAAAAAAGAAUAGUUGGUGUAAUUAAUUGUAGAUCGGAGAAGGCUGUGUCGAAACGUUUAGUUUUUAUGUAAACCGAAUAUAAGGGCUAAUUUCGCCGAAUUUUUUGUAAAUACGACAACAUCUUUGCGGUUGUCUCGGGUGUUUAAUUUUUUUGGAGGCUGUAAAUAUUGUAUAUUCAUCAGCUGAUUAUUAUAUGAUAAUAUUUCGUGGUACUUUCGGGCCAUCGCUUUUAUUUAUGGAAAAUACACUAGUCAAACAAGUGAAGUGAUGUAAAACUUCAUUGAUAGGAACUACAAAACUCGCUGGUAAUUUAAGAAGAUAUAUUUAAAACAUUCUCCCCUUAAAUAAUAUAAUCUGUCUUUUUAUCGUCCGUGUUAUAUUCGAUUAACCCCCUGUAUAUCGAGUCGCGGAUUUUUUAGAAUGGACGUUUAGACCUGUACAUUUAUACUUAAUAUACUCGAAGAAACGUACUUUCUUUAGGAUGUGUACGUCGUUUUGUCUAAACGGUUGAAAAAAUAUUUUUUCCGGUGAGAAAAAAAAUCUCAAAAUUACUGUCCCCUCGAGCAAGGUUUUGUAAAUUGAUACAUUUUCGUAAAAAAAUUGAUAAUAUUUUAAUUCUUGUAGAAACAUCGAAAAGAAUUCAAAAAUUUAAUUUUGAUUUGAUUUUUACUAAUUUUUGCGUUUUUAUCCCAUAGGCGCGGAUACUAUAAUUUUUUAAUUAAAUGUCAUAAAAUGUUAUUCUUCGACUUUCUCCCUGUAUAAUUUCUGGAAAUUUGAGUCUGACAAAAUCAAUUUUGGUUAGGCAUUUAGAUACAUCUUUUAUCUAUCUAUUGACCUUAAAAAGAAUUCUGCAACCCUCGUAGUUUGGAAACAAUGGAAUUUUUUCAAUUUUCUAGUGUUUUAAAAUCGAAAAAAAAAAUGGAUUGUUCAACUUUGAAGCUCUACAAUGUGGAUCAUAUUUUCAAUAAAAGUUGGAUUAGGGUGACCAAAUCAUUUUCAGAAAAAACCGGGACUCCGCCUAUAAUGCAACCCCUCCCUGGUCCCAUAUAUCCAGGAAAAAUAACAAGAAUCGCCUCUUAAUUAUGAAUAUUAUUUAAUAAAAAUAAAAACACAAAAUGUUGGGUUUUCUUAACAAUCACUGUCAAUAGAUGGAGUGGCUGGCUCUAUCUCUAUCUUGAAGUAAAGGGUAUUUCGUACUGCUUCCGGCCUUCCUAAUCAUUUUCUGUUCUAGUCCAUUUUAUAGUUGUAGAGAAUUUGUAAGAUUGACUCAAGGGACUCGACUUCCAUCCUGUUUCUUUCAUCAGUCCAUUGUAUAGUCAUGAAAGAAAAAAUUCUUUCUACGUUUGCGUUGUGGGCUGGUAUUGCAAUUGGCAGAUAUUGUGCAAUUUUUACAAUCUCACCCAUUUCUCAUGACAUUGCAAUGGGGAUUCCCUUUUCGUCAUUACACUUUUCAAGGUUUUCUUCAGUGAUUUUUCAAUUUUUUAGUAUUCCAAACUAAUCAAAUAGAAUGGAAUCGUCAAUUUCAAUUUGCUUCUCUUUCAAAUAAGCAACUGUAUUUUCAAGACUUUCCCAUUUUGGCACUUUUUUCAAUAACAUCCAAUCGAAAACUAACAAUGGUGAAAAUGAAAUGCUCCACUUGCUUAAAUAUUCCGUACAGGUGCCAUAAAACUUGUCAACUUCCUCUUUAAAACUUUGUUCAACUAAUUGUGAUACUUCUGCUUUUUUAAGAACUGAUUUAACAUUAAAAGAAAUGAAAUUCUCCUCUUUUCUCCUGGUAACAGUUUCAAGAACAUUUUUCAGGACUUCCACUAUUUCUAUUACACUUUUCGUGCUCCCUUCAAUUUUCUUUAUUCCAUGCUGGAACGUGCUAAGUUGGUUGUGAAUAAACUAUAAAUGAGCUUCACUGAUAGAAUUGCUAAAAAAUUGAACCACUAUAUUUGGGGCCUUUUUUUCAUUUAGGAAAAAUUCUUUUGGGGGUUCAAACAGCUUGAUGACUCGUUCAACGUUCCUACGUACUCACAAAACUCCUUAAGCCAAACAUUUGUUUUUAUCAAGAGCCAACUUUUCCAUAGUACUUGAACAAAAUGCUGAAAUUUCAUCAGAUAUCUCAUUUGUUAGGGAACUCACCCACAACAGUUUGGACUGAAUUCCUUCAGUAAUAUCGAAAAACUGAACAACAAAUGGAAACAUUUUUGCAGCUUUAUGAUUGCUGACAUCAGUGGAAAUUCCGUAAAAAGCAGACUUUUCGAUACUAUCUUUCCUUUAAACUCUGGGGAGCGAUAACACCAUUUACUAAAGCUGUUAUUUUAGUUCCUGCCGAACUAAACUUUUUUGAAAUAGGUUAAUCAUCAAACGUGAUGCUAUUAAGCUAUAUUUGAAACUUUGGUGAUGUUUUACCAAGUGGUAGGCUAAUCUAAGCUCGGCUGCUCGAACUUUGGUGUCUUCACUUGACUGUGGUACAACAAAAUAAUUUUGUAACGUCUUACUGCUGCUCGGAGCACUAAAUCUGUUAAUAUGUUUUUUUGACUUGAUGUGAUCAACUAUGUCCGAACGCCCACCAUGACAACACCACCAAGUUCCACUCCUUAGAAUAAUUGUCACUGAAUUUUCACGCACGUUUUGGCAUUGUGAUGAAUCACUAUUAAUAAACAAGAAAAACCGGUAUUGGGAUUACUUUUACCUAACACUUGACUGCACUGGCAUAACCUCAACCACUGUUUAACAAUGUUGUCAGACGUAACGUCAUACACUAUUAUUUUCGCUGUAACAGCUAUAACAGUGAUCAGUAGCGUGACAAGCGGACCAAUCGCUAAAUACUAGGUUAGUGGGCGUUGUUAGUUCACAUGGUUGCAAACAGGUGUAGUGAUUGUAGCACCACAGCCAAUCAACUGCAGAUACGAGUCAAAAGUAACCAAGCAAAAUCUUUUGAAAACUUAUUUCAAAAUUGAAAUCCGGGACUUUUGUGCGUCCGGGAAUAAUUUUUCGGGACACCUUAUGUUUUUAUGAAAAACCGGGACAAUCUCGGUUUUCCGGGACGUUUGCUCACCCUAAGAUACAUACAUUUUUUUACAAAACUAUGAACACUCUUUUCAUGAUUUUUAUCAAUUUUUCCGUUUUUAUUCCCUAGGCGUAUAUCCUAGACAUUUCCCUGUAUAAUUUCAACACAUUUUAAAUUGAAAAAAUAAAAAGUCAAAUAUUUUGUUCCUUCACCCGGAAAUCCAUUAACGCGAGAAAAAAUUCCCCAUAAUCACGAAAUUAUAAAGUUUUUCUAUUUCCACGAAUUGAAUAAAGUUGCUGUAUGAUUGAAUUUUUUAUGAAAAUGUUCUUACCUCUCUAUAAAUUCUUGCCUUUUUUUUUUUAAAGUUUUUGUUCCAUAGGCGUAGAUACCUCAUCUUAUAAAAAUAUGUAUCAAUAUUUUUUUUACCAUUCAACAUAAAGUAAAUAAACUAAUAACAGAAUUUUGUAUAAAGAUAGUUCACUUUUCACGUAUUUUCAAUUAUGAAAACGAUAAAGUGAGGUUAGAAACUCCAUCUGUAAAAAAACUUCCAUUUAUUUCACUGUCUACGUUAAAUACGGAUUUCCAGUUCAGUUUUUAUCAUUUUUAAGCCAAAUUUCUUUAUCAAUAAAACUUACAAAGUUUUUAAAAAUAAAAAAAACAAAAUUAUUAAUUGAAUUCUUCGGAUUGUAACUACAUUAAAAAUAAACUGUAAAGUACUACCGAAAUCGAAACAGUACUAUAAAGAAGCCAUGAUAUGAAUACUAAUAACAGUAUUCAGUCAAACAUCAGGGGAGGUGUUUGUUAACCUUAGUAAAAAGCGGAAGUUAUAUCGACAAAUUUGAUUUUAGACUUAAAAAUGAUGAAAACAAAAUAUUUUUGUUCAAUUCUAAAAGUGGUAUAGUUGUUGUGAGGUAUUUGAGCAUCAAUUCUUGGAGUAAUACCAUCAACCAGUUGUAGGAAACCGAUAUUUGCACUUUUAGUGGUACAGUUUCUGUGUGAUGUUUGUGGGCAAAGUAGAAUAAAGAAAAAAAUAAAGUUUGAAUUUUUAAUGUUUGUAAGUAUUAGCAUCGGUGUCUUCCAUUUUUUUCAUCGAAAAUAUAACAUUUUGUGUACUAGUUGCAUAUUCAAAUGACCCAACAAUAAAAUUUAUGAUAAUUGAAACCACACUUAAUGAAAAGGAAUCGAUAAAUUCAAGUAACUUGAUCUUUUUUAAAAAAUUUUCCAGUGAUUAUUUCUUACAUUGAACAUAUCACCCUGUAUAUGAGUAUUUGGUACAGUUUUCAAUAAUUUUUCUAACAAUACAGUGCAUGACAUUAUUUGUUCCAAACUUAUUGUUAAAAUUUUAUAGCAAUAAUUUCACUACUAUUAAAGUUGCUUAUCAGGAAAUACGGGAAAGAAAGAUUCUAAAAAACUUCAUAGAUGUUAUUUUUUUUUAAUUUGAACUUUUAAAAUUUCCUUUUCUGAAUCGUUAAUUUCACCUAAACAUAUCUUUUGCUUCAAAUCAUAUUCUCAUUACAUCAUAUUUAUCAACUUUAGUUUCCAAUAGAAUCUGACAACGAUUGCAAACUGGUGCAGUUCUUUUAUUUUAUGACAGUUCAACUGUUUUAUUACAGAUGUACAAUUGUACACUGACAUAUUUCAUCUAUUUUAUGACAGAUUGUACACUGGUGCAGUUUAUCUUUUUACGACGUAUGUGUUGCAUCUAUUGAUUAUAAUUAUUGGUACGUUCUACUUCCGCUCGCAUGAUCCUUUUCCACUACCAUAAAAAUGUAGUCAGAACGAUGAACGCACUUCUUGAGUGUUCUGUAGUUUCACAAAAUUUGUUGAGAACUUAUGUAAAUAUUAUACAUAAUCGAGGUGAAAUUUUUGAAGAAACCGAUUAUAUUUCAUCUGAUUCGGGAUUGUAAAAAGUGAUUUUUUCAUCGUUAUCGUCGAGUAGAACGCCAUGUUACACAAAAUCAUUGCGAGCGUUAAGUGAAAGUCCCUUUCAUGUAUUUAUAUUAUUGAACGAUCGUCUUAAGUUUUUUUUUAAUUUUAGUUGUAAAACGAGAGUUUUAAAAAUUUGUGAUAGUGUAUACACAGAUAAAAGCUGUAUUGACAAUGUCAGAUUUGUAUAUUGUACCUAGUUGUUAAUUUAUAUAACGAUGACAUCUAAAUUUGUUUAAAGCUUGUACAAUCUAUGCUGUUGAUGUCAAAAUAAAAUGAAGGUAUAUUAAAUGUG